AGAGAAGGACAAGCGCAGUCUGUAAUUCUCAGACCAUCUGAAAGGAUUGCAGUGUCAAACUACAAGUUAUGGAGGAACCCUCAAAAUUUGAGCGAUAUGUUUACAAAAACGCUUCAGUUUAUCAUUAUAUGAAGAUAUCUCUGGUUUUGGAGAAUGGAAACAGAAAUAUUUCUUCUCCAGAGUUCAAACAAUUGAUCAUUCGCGGACUUAAAGACCUGUACGGAGAGAUUGGAGCUUCUUUUCCUUUUGAUCUGCUGAAGUUUGAUGAGAACGAAUUGACCGGCAUACUACGAGUGUACAACAGCGGGCUGGUGAAACUGUGGAGUGCAUUAACGUUACUGGGAUCAUAUCAAAAUGAGGCAUGUGCAUUCAGAGUCACACAGGUGUCGCCGUUUUUGUUAGCGUUGUCUGGGAAUAGCCGUGAGCUGCAGUUUGGAGACCAGUUGGCAUCGUGAGUAGGGCACAGGUCGCUUUACAUCGGUGAACGAGCCUCGCUAAGCAAAACAUUCAGCGCCAGAGAUGUCGCACUUUUUGCUGAGCUGACGGGAGACAUGAAUCCUCUCCACCUCGACCCAGAGUACGCCAAAACGACCUCUUUUGAGACCCCCAUUGUGCACGGAGUGCUGAUUAACGGUCUGAUCUCAGCUGUUCUUGGGACUAAGUUGCCCGGGAAAGGCUGCGUGUUUCUCUACCAGGAAAUACGCUUUCCUGCGCCCCUCUACAUCGGAGAGGAGGUUGUGGCGGAAGCGGAGGUUAAAAAGAUCAAAAUGUCCUUUGCUUUUAUUUCCGUUUCCUGUGCUGUCAAAGACAAAGUGGUCAUGGAGGGAGAGGUCAUGGUCAUGAUGCCGCAGAAUGGAGAGCGAUCAUGAGGAAUUUGAGUGGAUGCUGUGUU